AUGGCGCCGAACGAUGCGCACGUGAAAUUACUCCUCUCUGUAAAUGAUGAGAAUUUUAAGGAAAAAGCAUUCAAAUGUUGCCAGAAAACUACUAACGUUAUAGUGUGCAUAAAAUGUGGAAGUAUUUUUCAUUUAUCUUGUUCAUCAAGAAAAAAGCAGAAAUGUAUAAAGUUAUGUGAUACUAGAAUUGUAUGUGAGACAUGUGAACAAUCUGAAAAUCCCAAAGGAAACUCAGUAAGUCAUACUCAAGAGGUAAAUGCACAUAUCCUACAGUUGGAAAUUGAUUUUCUAAAAACAAUUUUAAGUGAAAAAGAGGAAAAAUAUAAAAUUUUAUUUGAUAAUAAUCAAUUGUUAAAAAGAACUAACGAGCUCCUUGAAGAAAAAGUAAAACAAAAAACUAAAGAACCUGAAUUCAAGGUAAUUAACGUUGACAAAAGAAAAAACUGGACUUCCCCUGGUAAAGAUGAUAAACAACUACAAAAUGUUAAUGACCUUACUAAUAGUAAACAAACUGAAUUAGUAGUGACUAAAAUUCCUGCAGACGGAACGCUAGCGCGAUCCUCAACAUCGACAAACUUUGGAAAUGAAGUGCCAAAUGAAAAAAAAUACAUUACAUCAAGACAAAUGAGUGCCGCAAUGCAAGAAGCCAAAACUCAAACUGUUUUACAUAAUCUGUUGAACACUGAAAAUAAUGCUCCGGUUCUUUCAGAGUCUUCAAGCAACGGUGCGUGGACACAGGUAGCUCAUAGAAAAAAGAGGAAGUUCUUAGUUGGAAGUACCGAGUCACCUUGCAACAUUGAGGCUGUUCCACAAAUGAUCAACCUACAUGUGACUCGCCUAAAGCCUGAUACAAAACCGGAGCAAUUAGAAAAGUUCCUGGAAAAUCAUUUAGAUGGCGUAAAAUGCGAAAUCCAUCAGUCCAAAAAACCUGACAUAUAUGCAUCCAUGAAAGUGACCAUUAGACGAGACUUAAUUAAGAAUGCAUGGAAGCGAGAAAUCUGGCCCAGCGGAGCAUUAGUCUCGUUUUUCAAGAUGAGGAGGACGCUGUCGCAUUAGAUUUUCUUCAUAAUAAAUGAAGAACUGAAGUUAUUGUAAAACCAGUGGCUGGACAUUCUCCUGUCAAGAAGAACAACUCAUUAGCAAGUGUGCAAAAGAAACAAUGAAAUUGUGAAAUUUGUUUUAGGUUAUUUACCUGUGUAGAUUAUUUGAAAAAACAUUUAAGAGCACACACUGGAGAAAAACCUUAUCAAUGUGAAAUCUGCGUUAAGCAAUUUUCUCUAAAUUCUCCUCUAAAUCGACAUAAAUAUAUGAUAGUUCAUACUCGGGAAAAAUCUCACAAAUGUGAAAUCGUUUACCACUGUGUGUCAUAUGAAAGCACAUUUUAGAACACACAGUGGUAAAAAACCUUAUGAAUGCAACAUUUGUAGUAAGCAAUUGUUGACUGCAAAAACAAAUUUAAAUAAAAAAGUGACAAAGAUGUGACAGAAAUUUAUUGUCUUCUUAGUUUUUAUACCCUCAAUCAGCUUGUAAAUAGUAUUCUUUUAAAUGUACUUUAGUUCAUCCUCAUUUUUGCAUAUUUUCAUUUUUAAUUUGUCACAUGUACCGCAUGUAUCUUUCUUUAUGUUUCUUCAUACUGAUAAUCAGGCUGUAAAACAUGUUUUCAUAUAUUUUACAAUUAAUAAAAUUAUCUGGAUACAUCUUCUAAGUUUCAUAAAUAUGUAACAGUGAGAGUGUAGAGUGAAGGUAGAUAUUUCCUUGAUGACUGCCUUCUUUUCAUAUUUAUUCAUAUUCAAAAUUUGUUUUUUUACACAUUCUUCAAUUUUCACUUAUUAUAAUAAAAUAAUGUUAUUAGUUAAUUCAAACACACACUUUUAUUUUGCAAUAAUAAUCACAACGAUGACACAACACUGUAGACUAAUUUAUAGGUUGUGUAUGUUAAGUUGGUUGCUUAUUACAUUAAAAUCUAACCAUUAAUAAGAGUACAAAUCAAGUUGUCUCAUUAUUCACUAAUAGAUAUACUGAUAUAGGCUGUACCAAAAGGAAUAUGUUGACAUAUCCCUUUGUACACUAAACUUUCUAUACUAUUUUCUAAGUACCUCUUUUGGAACAAUCAACCUAACAUACAAUUUUUAGCUACAAUGGCUUGUCCCCUUUUACCAACUUGGAAUGGCGGCUCAUUUUCUUCUUCUGCCGUAAGUUCGCUAUAGUACUCAUGCCAUCUUUGUGUUUGCUCUUCUGUUGUUGUAAGCAGUUGUCCUUGUUUGUCUUUUAGUGGUGUGUCACUGUUGACAUUCUUAUUUGCAAGAUGUUUAGUGGUUUUAUAUAGCUCUCUCUGAUUAUUUGUUUCGGCUACCUAUUCUGCUAAGCGUGCCAUCUCUGUCCAUUCUCUUUUGUAAUUCCCAGCACUCUUUUACUUGUCGUAAUUCUCCUAAUGGCACCUAUGUACGCCGUUGCUCCCGCCUGGCGGCGCUAGUGUAGUUGGAGGUCAAAAUUUUGACUAUUCGUGAAGUUGGUAUAUGGUGUUUUUGAUUACGAUUUAAUAAAUAAUAAUUUAUGGCCGAAAUAUACGGAUCUUGGAGACUGUUUGUCGUUGAAAAACGAAUUGAGAAGGGAUGCGAGAGUUACUGGAAAAAGGAAACACUUAUCGAAUGAUAAACUAUAUUAAUCAUCGUCUCAAUGUUUUAUUUCUAUAGCUCAGAGGGUAUUUAUCUGGUAUUGAUUAACUCCCCACACGAGUCUGACAACUGUGUAUAAUAUGAUAUGUGCGAUCUGCCUUACUUUUUUUAUCAAUUUAAAAUUCACAAUUAAGUGCGCUCAGCAUUAAUUUUUGUGUUUAUCUUAUUUAAAAAUGUGAUAUUUUCAAAAUAUGGCUGCCAUGACAGUUGCGCAUUUGGUGUAAAUUUGGUUUAAGCAUGGGGUGAGCGCAGUUGAUUCUGCAAUGUUGUCUUAUUUAAAAAAAAUUAUAACUCCUUAUGGAAAUAUAGAAUGUGUUAAUUUAAUUAAGUAUAAUUAUUUGAGUGUUUUUCUACGUGAAAGGCGACCUUAAAUUUAAGGUGAAAUUAGAAAAAAUUAGGGUUAGGUUUGAUCAGGUUAUGUUUUAGUCACUAAAGAAUAUUUGAAUGGUACUAGGUCACUUUAAUUUUCAGUUAUUAACUUAUUUAUAUUAUUUUCGAUUAGGUUAGCUUUGCUCAGGUUAUGUUUUAGUCAUUUUAAAGAAUAUUUUAAAGAUAACAUAUCACUAAAAUGUUCAGUUAUUAACUUUUUUAUAUUAUUUUCGAUGACGCUAGGUUAGGUUUGGUCAGGUUAUGUUUUAGUCACUAAAAAAUAUUGAGAACUUGAGAAAUAUUUAAAAUUAGUAUUUCAGAUUUUUCUAUAUUAUUACUUCAAAUAUAAUUUUUUUUACAUGUUCACUCCAUAAACAGCGAUUGUAGAUGUGGCAACAGUGUGAAUGUACAUAAAAUUGCAUAUCUUAAUCCGUGCAUUUAUAAUAAAUUUUGAUCUGAAUUUUAUAGUGAAAUAUUCUAUUUUUUACAGUCGAAUCUGGGGCAAUACUUAUCUGUUUCAACAAAAUGUUUAUUGCAGAUACGUGCAUUUAUUCUCGGCACAUAUUUAUCCCUUCUUAUUGCUACAAUCCACUUUUUUCUCAUCAGAAUAUCUUUGGGAAACCUGUGUCCUGAUGUUCUCGAUGAGCACAAAUGCACAGCACAACAUUGAGGGAUUUUAUUUUCUCAAGUUUAAUUCACACAGCGAAACAAAUAUGCAAUAUUUACUUGGAAAUAGUUUGAUUUGAAGUAUUGACGUAAGUUGACAUGACCUCCAACUACACGAGCGCCACCUACGUUGAGCUUUCCAGAUUAGCUGCCAUUCCUUUUACUUGUCCUAAUUCUCAUAAUUCCUUUUACUUGUUUAUUUAUAUCUGCAUACUCUUGGGUUAUUCUGAUUUUAUCUUCUAAUUUUUGUAUUCUAUUUAGUUCGGCCUUUAAAUCCUUUCUCUUUUUUAUCAGUUGCCAUGUGUUAUCACCUAGCCACUCUGUUUUCUUUUCUCAGUUGUAGCCCAACACUUCUUGUGCAGUUUGGUGUACAGCCUCUUUGAUUAUCUCCCAUUUGUUUGAUAUAUUUGUCUGUGUGUUGUUUACAGUUUCUGUGUUCAACUUUAUUUUGUUACUCCACAUUUUUUGGGUUUCACUGUCUUUCAGUCGUUGUAUAUUAUCUUCGUUUGUUAUAUUGUUUACUCCCUCUUUUGGCCUUGAUUUUUACUUUUAUUUCCGCUAUUAGUAGGUAAUGAUGACUUCCUACAUCUGCUGAUCUUUUAUUUCAUACACCUAGAAGGAUACUUCUCCAUUUUUUAUUAAUUAAGAUGUGGUCUAUGUGAUUUUGCGUUUUAUUAUUUGGUGAGAUCCAGGUUAUUUUGUGGCAGUCUUUGUGUGAGAAAAACGUUCCUCCAAUGACAAGAUUGAUUUCUAGGCUAAGUUCUAUAAAUUUCUCUCCAUUGUUGUUUCUUUUCCCUAGUCCAUAUGUUCCCAUGCAUUUUGCCACUCCCUUACUGUCUUUGCCAACUUUCGCGUUCAGAUCUCCCAUGACUAUGAGUAUAUCUCCUUUGGUCAGCUUUCCGAUAGUAUCUGUUAAUUGUUGGUAGAAAUUUUCUUUCUCAUCUUCUGUAGGUGCGUAACAUUGAAUAAUGGUUUAAUAACAAUAAUAAAUUUAAUAAUUAUAAAUAAAUUGAGGAGAAAUCUGUAAAUUUAUUAAGAUUAGAUAACAACAGAAGCUAAAUAUUUCAUUACUUACAACUAAUUAAUAUAAAUUUUCUAAAAAUAUCUUGAACAUUGACUUACUACAUACCAAUUGGAUUUAUUUUGACAUAUUUGGGAAUUAUGGUAACUGGAAUAAUUUUUAUUUCAAUAGAAUUAACUAUUUCAAAUGGGAAAUAAGCCACAAUUUAACUAAAAAAUGGUUUUAAUAACGUUUUGACGUCCACAUCGGAUGUCGAUGUCAAAAACAAAAUAUUAAUGUUUAAUUAAUAUUUUGUAAUACCAUUAAUAUUUUGUAUUUUGAUAACGACGUCCGAUGCGGAUGUUGUAACGAUAAUAAAAUCAUUUUUUUUUUAUUAAAAUUGGGGCUUAUUUCCAAUUUAGAAUAGUUAAUUACAAAAAUGCCACAAGGAAAUGGCUUGAGAACAACAUUUUAAUAAAACGUUAUCUAAUAUUGAUUUUUUUAGUGAACAGGUCAAAGUAAACAAGAGAAAGUAUUUACAAUUUUUUUUUAAGGUGUAAAGGUACUAUUAAUACUAGAAAAUAAUAAAAUAGAUUUCUCCUGAAGAAGUUUCUCCAGAUGUUGGUAUUUUGGAGGUUACUCAUCUCGUCAAAAGUAGUAGAUAUUCGUUGCUGCUUUUGAGAAUAGGGCAGUUCACGUGUUCUCACAUCCUCACAUGAAAAUUCUUAGUGGGGAAAAACCUCACAAAUGUGAUUUUUUCUAAGAAGUAUACUACUGCAACUCAUUUGAAAUUACUUUGAAAAAAUAAUGUGAAUUUGAUUGAAUAUUCUUACUAGUAUGGUUUGAAGUGGUCUUAAAACCGUUUAAGAACACACUGAAGGAAAACCAUAUGAAUGUGCGUGGAAGAAAUGUGCUGUAAAAUUUAAAGAUAGUGACAUGAAAGUUCUUGCUUAGAUUUCCCAGAUUUUUAAUAAAGAAUAAAAAAAUUAUAAACAUCUAUUAA